CACAUGUUGUCCCUUGCUGUAUAGUGACGUUAGUAGAGAAGGGAAGAGGAGAGAAGUCCAGACAUUCACUCAGGAUUCAUUCGGGACAAUAGUGCGUGCGAACUAAACGUCGGCACACAAUCUUAAUUAACCAGUUAAGUGAAGAAACUACUUUUAGGCAUCCUAACAGCACGUAAGGUUGUGUCGGUGGCGCUGGACACCAGGUUGUUGUGGUACCGACCCAGAAACGAACCACCAUCAAGUGAUGCUGUCACCGGGGAGUCCUUCCAAAUGGCAAGUGCAAGAUUCCCUCUCUUUGACCCCCAGUCUCCUCUACAGCAAGAGUGUCCAGAUGCAGCAUGAAUCGGAGGUCUUCUCCUCUGAGAUUGAGUCUGCAGGAGUUGUGCCUGGUCCAAAGCCAUGCUCCUUGGCCAAUGGGAGCUCUCAUAAUACAAAAUCUCCUCUCCCCUUUAUGAACCGGAGGAGUGGUAGAGCUGAUAAUGUUCAAACUGGAUGUUCCUCAGCGUCUCCACCCUACACCAUUCAGACCUCAACAUCAGUUGAAAGCAUUCCCACAGAGGGGGACUUGAGGUUUGCACACAAAUGUGCAGAGCUGCAUGGGUACAUCAGACCCCUGUUGGAGCUGUUGAAGGGUUUGAAAACGGGUCGAUAUGAUAAAGGUUUGAGCACAUUUCAACAGAGUGUUGCCAUGGACAGACUGCGAAGGAUUGUGGGUGUUCUACAAAAACCAAACCUUGGGGAGAAGUAUAUGGGCACUCUUCUACAGCUGGAGAUGAUGUUAAAGGUUUGGUUCCCUCGGGUGAGGCCUCAGCAUCACGAAGACACCCCUUCACUCCACAGUCUCAUGGCUAACCUGCCUCCACGCUGGAAUCAGGACCAGUUACAUAUUCCUGUGAAGAAACGCAGAUUAAGUUGGUCAGAUUCAGACUCUCAAGGUUCUUCAAGCAGCAAACGCAUUCAAGAGGACGAUCGAGGACUGAGCCCCAGCGAUAGCAGCUCAUGGCUCAGCAGCUCCGAUACCACGUCUAGUGAACUUGAAGACAGCACAAUCUGUACAAAUCAAAAUAAUGUGACAUCUGAAACCAAACUCAUUGAAAACAGCAAACUUCUAGUCAGGCAAAUGACAAACUCCUUAAAUGAAACCCCUAUGACUGCAACAGGAAGACCUCCUCCGCUUGUAAUACCAUUGUCAGCCACAGACGGCAGCCGCUUGGGCAUGCAGGACUGUUCGGUAUCCUCCUCUACUCCUACUUCCGCCUCACCAGUGGACAUGAUGAUGAAUGAGAAAGAUGUGGGUGAAUCUGUAAAAGAAGGGCCAAAAAAACAGGUUAAUAGUUGCACAGAGAUAUUAAACACAUAACAUUUUUUGAAGUUUCUCAUAAAAGAAUGAUUGACUUAAAUAUUUCUCCAGCCUGUUGAUCCUGAGAAUUAAUUGUUUUUCCACAAAGUUUUGUUCAUUUAGUUUUGUUAAUUUUGCAUUCUGCCACAUAUAUGUACAGCACAGAAAUUAUCAUAUGUACUAUGUGAUAUAAGAUUUGUGUUUAUAUGGUUAUAGUUUGAAGAAAGAAAUGCUAGAGCUGUAUUGUUAAGCAGCAAAACAUGCACAGCUAUCAAACACUCUAUUGCUCCACUUUCCA